UAUUGUGCACAGAAGAUCCCACUGAAAGUGCCUUGCUUUGUUGACUUUUGUUCUCACUCCCAGCCACACACACGAGCCAUCACAUUCUUUUCUUUCUCAUUCCUGAAGCGUCUCGCUGUCUCUCCUUCUCUGUUCUUCCAAGACCAAGGAGGAAAGAUGAGGAAAUUCCCCAAGAACCGCUCCUUAAUUCUCUCUUUCUGCGUUUGGAGCACAUCAGGAAGCACUCAUCCAGGUAAAAGGUCACAGAUCUGUCACUUUGUUCUUCUUAUUUGUAUUAUCUAUUUGUGGAUCUGGUAUUUUAUUAGAACCGUGAUUAAUCUCUGUAGGAUACUCAUGGCUAAAAAUAAAAUGAAGACUAUGGAUUCUUUCUAUAAGAAGAAAAUUAGACUUGAUGAGGCAUUGGUUUCAGAUGUUUCUUGUCCUGAUUUGGAAGAAGCAGAGGGAGGGGGAGGGGGAGAGGAGCAGGAAGAAGAAAAAGAAGAAGAUGGAGGGGAGGAGGAGCAACCUGUUGAGGAGGAGGAAGAAGAAGAGGCUCCACUUAUAAUUAAUAGGGUCAAUGAUGGUAGUGGUGUUCUGGUAGUGGAAAGAGACCCAGGGCUGCGUUGCCAACUUUGGGAUCGUCCUGUCAAUGACCAAGAGAAAGCAAGAAAAGCGUAUGUGAAGUGUGGAGCAUAUCACUUUAAAAAGGAAAUAUACCCUCCUACUGGUCCAGAAAGCCACCCACGCAUGUUUCAAUAUCAUUGGUUCAAGGCAUUUCCUUGGUUAGAAUACUCACCUACAGAAAAUGCAGUCUUUUGCUUUCUAUGUUUUCUAUUUUCUAAGAAGCCACUUGGGAAAGUUGGAUCAGAUGUGUUCACUGUGAAAGGGUUCAAGAAUUGGAGAAAGGUUAACAAUGGAAAGAAUUGUGCUUUCUUAACUCAUAUGGGAAAUAGUUGUAACUCUGCUCACAACUAUGCGGCCAAAUGUUAUGACAAUUUGAAGAAUCAACAAUGCCAUAUUGAACAACUAAUGGAGAGACAAACAACAGAAGAUAUAAGAGCAAACAGGCUGAGGCUUGGGGCAACAAUUGAUACAUUGCGGUGGCUAGCAUUUCAAGCCUGCCCUUUCCAAGGACUCAUUUAGUUCAUUGAACAUUGAUGAUGUUAAUUCGAUUUGUUCUCACUUUUCCUGUCUCAACCGCAACAACCGAACGUGCAUUUUCGGCAAUGAAAGUUGUUAAAACAAGACUCCGAAAUAAAAUGGAAGACAUGUUUCUAAGAGAUUGCUUGUUGAUCUACAUCGAGAAAGAGAUUGCAGUAGGAUUCUCAACUGAUGCAAUUAUUGAUGAAUUCAAUACAACGGACCGUCGCGUGGACUUCGAGUGAUAACUGUUAGUUCAUCAACGUCUAAUUGUACAUUUUGCUUCCAACCUAUUGAUGUAUAGAGAUAUGCCUAUGUUAUGAACACUUGGUUGGUUAUAUACU